AUGGGACCUAAACUCGUCUUUUUCCUCUUCCUUAUACCUCACCUACAUGCAGGUAUUGUCAGGCGAUAUGAGUAGAUCAACAAGGGUGACGCGUUGCGUACGCGACGCGGCUUUGAGCCCUUUUGAAUUCUUCAAAAGUUAUUCGCAUUGACAAGAAGUUUCCAGGCAGCACCGCCAGCUCCAAAAGCCUCCCUACAAAUGCUACGACCUCAUCUCCUUCUUCUCACGUCAUUAAAGAGCUGGAGAAGACGACAGGUACCCAUUCUUUUUUGAAAAAAAGGACACCUGCACUUCUCGGAGCUUGGUAGCGCAAGCGGGACGCGUCCCGGACGAUUCUGAGCUUUUCAAGUGAUCACUUAUGAGUGCAGAUGCCGCUAGAAAUGCUCAGAAAAUCCGUGACUUUACCGAGGUCCGAAAAGUGCACUUUGGUAGUAUCCAAACUUCAUUUUUUCCAAAAAGGCAAGGUUCAGCUUCAAGUUCAAGGCUUCCCCUUAAACUCUCUCAGUUGAACGGAAUAAGUUCCAGACAGUGUCGCUAGCUCCAACAGCUCAAAUCCGACCUUCAGAAGCUUUUCCUCAAACGCUACCACCUCAUCUCCUUCUUCUGACGUCGAUAAAGAGCUGGAGAAGACAACAGGUAUCACCUCCAAUAAAAUUUGCACUAGCAGACGUUUCAGCUGGCUCAACGUCAACCUCCAGAAGCCUUCCCAAAAAUUCUACCAUCUCCGACGUCGACCAAUUGAUGGAGGAGCUGGCGUCGGCCUGUCUCACCGAAAAGGAGCUAGAAGAACUGAGCGGAAACUGCUUUAAGGCCUCCGCAAUAGGAGGGGUCGUUAUGAUGUUGAUGAAAGAAGGAUUUGCGACGAUAGGUCUUCAGGAAAUGCGAUCGUUACUCGACUUCGGGCCGGUUCGCCCUUGGAAACACAACAAUUACACAACACCCAGUGAAGCCCAGUUAUCUGGCGCUCCAACCUUAGAAGCCUACUACGACCUGAGAGAGCCUAGCUCCAGGCAAAGAAGCCUCGAUAGCUUUUGGAUCUACCAGAAGAACUUGAUUCCCGCUAUCGUCUACUUGGACAAGCGUUUCCCGUCUGCACGCAGCCUUUUCAGGCGAAAACUCGAUAAAAUUCGUCGGGCCAAGACAGGAAAAUCCCUAGAAAGAGCAACCAUCGACAAAAUGAUCAAAGAGUUCACUGAGAUCAAUUACCGAUUCAGUGAUGUUACUAAAAAAAUUUUGGACAAUUAUGAAUGUUGGGAAAACUAG